AUGGACAGCCCGGACCGCGUACUCGAUAACCUCCGAGAUAUCCUGGGAUGCAGCGGUCUAAGGGACUUCCAAGACCUCGCCAAAAUGAGACUGGACACGCUCCACGGUCGAAUCGGAGCCGUCAAUCAUAGGCUCUCACGACACAAUGUCAUAUCCAUCUGCAUCGGUUGGCUUCAGACCAAUGUCUUGCAAGACCCGUCUUCCCUACUCCCAAUCAAGAAUUGGUGCUCCGCCUUGGUAGACCAGCGAUGCAAUGGAGAGGACGUGCUUCAUUUUUGGCAGUAUUCUCUGGAUCACACGUGGCUCUACCAUAGACGAAACCGUCAAGGGCCACUAGAACAAAUGAACAGGCUUUAUGGUGAGAUUAAGAGGUAUUUGUAUGAAGAUGAAUCUUCUCUCGAUGGGAAGCCAAUGGUUAGUCCUAGUUCUAAUCCGCGAGGCGCACUCUUGGGGAAGACUAUGGAUAACUAUGAUGAGGUACCUCCUAGGGGGGAAGGUGCUGGACAAUUUGUUACAGCGAUAGGUUGCGCAGAGAAGACAACCAAUCUGCCCUCGAGGCCCAGUGAGGACGAGGAUGGUGUCUCCAGACACCAGACAAAAACCUCGGGCUUAGACAAAACGGAGGCCCUCAAUGAGCGGAAGCAUGACCUUCAAGAUCAUACCAUAAAGGGUCUCCAGAAAAAGGGGGCGCAAAAAGAGGCUGCCCAGACAAAAGGCGCCCGAAAGAAUUUUGCAUCUCCCAAGGCUCCAGCAGUUCCAAGCUUGGCCAAGCCUCUUGCGAAAGAUAUCUGUCGGAGAUGUCACACCGCAGGGCAUGCUUUCUCCAAUUGUCCCACCAUCAAUGACCCGUCAUGGGAUCCUCCUCCGCAUCCGAGAUAUAGGAGGAGACCAAGUUUUGUCUCAAGAGGAAAUUCGAUGCGAAAAUUGCCCCUGGGAAAAACCGCAAUGGAGCUGUGGCAGAACAGCAGUGACCUGAUUGAAUUUGUUUCUCGAGCCGAAAAUGAGGCGCCUUUGGUCGUUAUCAAGCUGGAAGAGAGUCACGGCGCUAGUGACGAUUCCAGGGCGAUCGAGGGCAUUUAG